GGGGGAUGUUGGGAGGGGAACCAAUCUCACAGGCCUAGUGGCCCCAAAGGGGUCGGCGGAUUGAUGGCAUGAAAGCGGACGCCUCCUCAGGCGCCAGGUUCCCUAUGUAUCGUGUGUUUCUCUUAUAAACAGGAAGUCGAGCGCGUACUCGGGACGCAAUUGUGGCGUCCCCUCGCACCUGGCUCGCUUGGUGUGAGGGCAGAUGGGAGUGAGAGAGUCAGCUUGCAAUUUCCAACCUGGGAAGUGGGCGCCCUAUCCCUACCCGCCCCUGCUCACUUCUCCUCUUUCCCCCCACGCGUUGCCCCCUUUCCCUUCCCCGCCCCUGCCGUUGCCAUCCCUCGCUCCGCUCCGGAGGGCGGCCUCUUCACCGCGGACGGGGAAGCGAUACGGAACCCGAGACGUUUCGCGGAGCUGCUCCAGAGGAGAAGGAUGAGGAACAAACCGAACGUGACGACGAUCAGGACGAGGAGCCUGGAAUACAGGGGCGGCAGCGAGGCGAACUCGGUGACGUCGCGCUCCUCCCCCUGGCGACCCGAGCGGUGGCCUGCCAAGGGCGGCCGCCAGGCGCCGGCCCCGCACGAGGGCGACCCCGUGCUUUUCAAGGCCAGCGGCGAGCCGAUCUGGAACCCACAGGCGUUCGUGGCCAAGAUCACCAGCUACGACGGCGGCUUGUUCACCCCGGACUGGAAGGAGGUUCGGAAUCCGAAGGCCUACGUGGCCGGGAUCUCGCGGUCCAGCACCUGGGCGGGCGGCGGGAGCGAGGCAGAGAGUAUCCUCUACAAGGCGGACGGCACUCCGAUACG